ACCUUAAAUUAUUAUUUUAUUUUAGUCCGGACUAGACUCCAAAGUUUAUUCCAAUAUCUACUAAUAAUCAACUCGUCAGAAAGAUAUUUGGAUUAUAAUUAUUUCGACUUCCUAGAUAAGAUAAUAAAUUUUGAUAACCAAAGUCGAGUUUGCUCUUUUUGAAUUAGCAUUCUUUGGAGUAAUAACGUUUAAGUGGCUGUUAAAAGUUUGUUAUUUAUAAAAUGCCUGUUACAAUACAUAAUAAUGUGGUGUCAGGGCCUGAAGAACGAAACAUUCCAGCCCAUUUAUCGUACGGUCAAUUCCUGUUUGAUCAAUUGAAAAAUGGUGGUGAUAACAUAGCUUUUGUAAGUGCAGAGACUGGUGAAUCUGUUACAUACAGAUAUAUCCUUCAAAACAGUGUCAAUCUUGCUGUAAGUCUACAGAAAUUAGGGCUUAAAAAGGGGGACCUAGUGGGACUGAGCAGUGAGAACAGAUUUGAGUUUGUGGUGGCUGCUCUAGCUGUAAUGUACUGCGGUGGUGUUCUGUCUACACUCAACAUCACUUAUACACCUGGUGAAAUAUCUCAUUUGCUGAAAAUAACAAAACCUAAAUUCAUCUUUAUUUCACCUAUCACAUCACAGAACAUCUAUGACUGUUGUCAAGAAAUGUCUUCUCCUUGCAAACUCAUCAUGUUUGGGGAGUUUGAUGUAGUGCCUGAUUGCAUAAUGUAUGAUAACUUGGUUAAGAAUCAUGUGAAUGUGGAUGAUUUUACACUGACUGACGUCAAUGGACUACAGGACACGCUUGCUGUCAUGUGCUCAUCAGGAACAACCGGGUUACCAAAGGGAGUGGAACUCACACAUGUUAACUUCCUCACGUUGUCUGCACACAUGAAGUACUACUUUGACUAUGUCCAGUCUCAGAAAAAUAAUGGCAUAGUGACUGGUUUGUCACUAAUACCAUGGUUUCACGCUUAUGGCUUUAUCACUACAUUUGCUGUUAUGGCAAUGAAUAUGAAAAUUGUGUUUUUAAUCCGUUUUGAUGAACAACAGUAUUUGGAAACCAUCCAAAAUUAUAAAAUAAAUAUGACUACAAUAGUCCCUCCGUUGGCAGUAUUCCUCGCAAAACACCCUCUCGUUCUUAAGUAUGAUCUUUCAUCAUUAGUUGAGGUUUGGUGUGGUGCAGCACCAUUAUCGAAGGAUAUUCAACAAGCAGUUUCGAAAAGAACAGGCAUUGACUUCAUUAAACAAGGAUAUGGUUUGACUGAAGUAACAAUGGCUUGUCUCGUGGACCUGACAAGUGGCGAAAAAGUGGGAUCUUGUGGAACACCAGCGCCAGGCAUGAGAGUUAAGGUCAUUGAUAUCGAAAAUGGUCAAAAGUUAGGGCCGGGUAAAGAAGGUGAACUAUGGAUAAAAUCCCCGUUGAGAAUGAAGGGAUACAUGGGCGACCGCGCCGCUAGCGACGAGUUGCUCGACAGCGAGGGCUACGUCAGGACCGGAGACAUCGGUUACUAUGACAACGACGGCUACUUCUAUAUAGUGGACAGACUAAAGGAACUCAUAAAAUAUAAAGGCUUUCAGGUGGCGCCUGCGGAAUUAGAAGCGUUACUGCUUCAGCACAGUGGAGUGGCUGACGCAGGCGUAGUGGGCUUGCCGGACGAGGCGGCUGGGGAGCUGCCACUGGCGUUCGUGGUGGCGCAGCCCAACUCUAAUGUUACGGAAAAAGAACUCGUCGAGUUCGUUGCGUCCAAGGUGUCUCCAGCAAAGCGUUUACGAGGUGGAGUAAUAUUCUUGAAGGACAUACCCAAAAAUGCAUCGGGUAAAAUCCUUAGAAGGGAAUUGAGAAAAAUGUUACAGAAAUAUAAAAGCAAGCUUUAAUAACCCAAAGUUUUUUAUCACAAAUUGAAAAUACCUCAUAUAAUAAUAUAAUGUUUUUUUUUAUUCCAGUAAGAAGUUUUAAGUAUGUUGAUUUUAUCAAUACCGUUACUGUUUUGUUUGUAAAUAUAUUACAUUGUGAAGACAAA